CUGAAACUCGCUAAAAGAUGGCGACGCGCACUUAAUUUUUGUUUUUUCCCACAUAAUAAAGUGUAAUAAAACCAAAAUAAAAGCAGUGCCAGAGAAACAAUCAGAGCCGCUUAAAAAGUGAGAAACAGCACACGAUCCAAACGACUGGCACGGGCACGAAGCGAAACGCGAGUGCAGUGAAACUCACAUAAACAUUGACAUGUCGCUGGCCCGAAGAGAGCAACAAGUGUGUUAAAAUCGAAUUGUGGCCGUUUAAAAUGUCUGGAGGAGCAGUCAGAGCACCUGGCGGCAGCUAGAGCGCCCUCGACGCCCCCAAGAAAUCAUAGUGUAUUCCACGAAGCCGAGGGAAUCGCCCCACGAAGCCAGGCAGAAGCGUCUGCACACGUAACCUUGUGUGCGCGUAGCACGGAAGCUGUUUGUAGGAAUCGGGUUUGUAGACCAUUUGCAGGACGUCGGGUACGUCAGCGCGGAGGAUGGACACCACAUCCGCAGCAGGAUCUGGAGCCGGAACGGGCGAUGUUUGCCCAUGCUCCACGGUAGCAGCCUCCACGACCUCCGCAUCAAACGAGCAGCCGCAGACCAAGCGCCAGAAGAUCGAGCAGCAAAUCAAGGUGGGCUUCAAGGCGCUGCCGCCCCAGCCGCCCCAUCCGCCGGACAUAUUGGACCUGGACGCCAACAGCAACAGCCACCUGUGCUCCUCGCUCUCCUCGUCCUCCUCGCACUCGCUGUCAACGCCAAGCACCGCCAACAACUCCCCCACCACCACGCCCUGCAGCUCCCGGGCGGCGUCGUACGCCCAGCUGUUGCACAACAUCUUGCCACAAAACGGGGACACAGACCCGCACAGCCAGCCUGAAUCCGCCCAUGACGAAGUGGACCGGGCGGCCAAAUUGCCCAACCUGCUAACCCUCGACACUAUCAACAGUGAUGGCAGUAAUGCCAGCAGCAGGAGCAACUGCAUGCAAGCAACAGCAGCCACGUCCAUCGACGAUAUGCUGGAGUUCGAGCAGUCCCUAACCCGCCAGUGCCUGUGCGGCGUGUCGGAGCGAACGCUGCGCAAGCCCUUCCAGUCGCAUUACUCACAGGACACCAACGGCCAGAAGCGGAUAGCCUACCUGCGGGAGUGGCCCACCAACAAGCUGCUGCAGUUCCUGUCCAAUCUGCAGCUACUGUUCGACAUCUACCUGAAGCAGAACGCAAAGGGCUUCAUCUGCACGCGGAUAAUGGACGUUUGCGACGCACUCAUUCGCAAUGACCACAAGCUUAUCGACGAGAUUAUCGUGCUAGCCGGCUACGAGAACUCUUACGUGCAAUUCCUGGCGGGACGUGUGCUAGCCGCAUUCCUGGUGAUUGCCAAGCAGGAGCUGAAUGACGAGUGGCUGCAGAAGAUCGUCGACCAGCUGUUUAACUUCGAGCAGCUUGACCAGGCGGCCGUGCAGAAGAUCCACUUCAGCCUGGACAUCAUCAAGCGCAUAGUGGAGUGGAAGGACAUGGAGAUCCAUCCGCUGGACGACGACUGGAUGGCGUCGGCGAAUAGUACAAGCGCAGCCUCGUCAGUAGUGCCCCUUUCGACAGAGGCCUCCGUGAGCUACAUGCACUUCCCCGUGCAGGAGCAGCCGCUAGCCACCAAUUAUUUUGCACUGCAAUUUCGCGAGGAUACGGAGGGCGAGCGAGAGACGGAGCAGGAAGCACCCGACAAUCGCGACCGGCAUCGGCGGCACCUUGGCGAGGAGAUGAACGUCGCCUACGAACCGCAUCCCGCUUCCCAGUCCACGACCAUGCCCAGCGGUUGUCAUGUGGUCACACUCACCGACUCGGAAAGCUUCGAUACGACGCACCUGAAGUGCAUCACCAUUCAAAAGCUGGAGCACAAGUGGCCCACGCUGGUGAAGAACAUGUCGGAGCUGAUGGCGCCGACGCACCAGGAUGCCGCCGAGCACUGUGUGCUCAACUUUUUGCAGCUGUGGGAGAACAUCAUCUCGGUGAAGGCCAAUCUGUCCAUCGACGAGACGCGACCCUACUACGCCCAACUGGACAAGUUCGAGCUGCUGCUCAGCCACAGCCUCUCCUGCACCGUGUACAAGCAGAUGCUGUGCCUCUUCAACGAGGCGUUGUGCUAUGGUUCCACGCUGGCGCUGCAGGACAUGCUGCCCGAGGAGACGUGCAAGCUGGCGCACCAGAUAGUCUGCCAUGUGCGCGGCUUCCGUAUCCUGGAGUCGCUGCCGCGGCGACAGCCGGACAACAUGGUCAGUCUGAUCGGCUACAAUGGCAGGCCGAUGGUGUACGCCAAUGGAACAAUUACCCUGGCACACGCCGCGCAAUCAGGGGACAGCGAGGAGGACGGUGCGCCACUGGACCUUAUCGAAAUGGACAAGACACUGUUGCAGAAGAUGGUGCUGUUGGUACUGAAGUCGAUAGCGGUGACGGUGAAGGAGAUACGCAGCGAUUCCUCCGACUCAUCCAUCGAUUCCACCGACUACGAUGCCUUCCAGGACAUGAUGCUCAUCGAGCGCUCGAUCCGCGAUGUACUCAGCAAGCUGGAGACGUUCAUCAAGCAGACGCUGGAAUUCCAUCCGGAGUGCCACUUCAGCAAGAUCCUGAUUCACCUGUUCGACGACCAGGACGACCACCUGAUCGAGGCCAUGGUCUGCACGCUGGACGUCACGUCUGGGAUUUCGUUCCGCAACAACGCGUUCCCCGAGCUGGUGGCCAUGCUGAAUCCGGUGUACACAUUCCUGGAGUUCCUCAAGAUGACGUCGAACAGCUCGGACCUGCUGCUGGACCUGCUGGUGAGCAACGAGACCUGCUUCCUGCUCUACCUGCUCCGCCUGCUCAAGUACAUCCGCAUGAACUGGACGAUGUUCGUGCACAGCUGCCACACCUUCGGCAUGGGCAGCGCCAUGCUGGACGAGGCGAUGGGCGUUCUUAUCCGGCUGCGCCUGCAGAUAUCCCGCCUCGUGUCGCGCCAGCUCUACCCCUACGACAUUUCGCCCGUGCUGCGCCUGCUCGAGAGCUGCGAGAGCCUCUACGAGGGCAACGAGCUGAGCUGAAUCGGCGCAGGGCCGAACUUCAACCACAUGCAAUUAAAAUACGUAAUUUAUUUUAAUAUUUAAUGGAAUAGGAGAAACUAGCGCAAAAUUCGAUGAAGACGGAGGCCUUGUAGAAUACGUGUAUUAGCCGUAGGGACCAACCUUUCCGACCAUAUCUCCGCACCCCGAUCCAGUAGCGCGUCAACCGUAGUUAAGAUCUUGCACCCUUUUCAUCCGGUUCGCCCAGCAGGUCUUUCAACCCAGAUACAUACCCAGCUGUAUGUAAUUGUCAUUGUAAUUGUAAUGAGCAUCACAAGUUCGUAGUUAGAUCGUAGAUAAUGGUAAUAUCAUAGGUACUGAAUUCCAAACUAAACACUACGCUAGCCUAAGAUUUUUUUAAUCUUGCCCUAAGUAGAAUAAUGUACAAUAGGAUGGCAAAAUGCUGCGGCAAACGGCUGCCCGCCGAAUGGGCGUUAAUUCGGUGUCUUCGAGAAGAAUAUUCUUUGUACGUUUUUUUAAAACACUUGAAUAAUAUAACAUAAUUAACUGAUUAAAAGAAACGCAUUAAGAAGGACUACAA